AUGGGCAAGAAAAUUGAAUGCUAUAUCGAUUGCGUGUCGCCCUAUAGUUUCUACGCAUUCACAUACUUACAGAAGAAUGCUGCUGCAUUAGCGGAUUUGGGAGUCGAGAUCGAGUAUAUUCCUGUCUUCUUAGGUGGCAUCAACGUAGGGAGUGGAAAUAAGCCGCCAUGGACGCUUCCUGCAAAAGCUGUAUAUGCGGAAUUUGACGGCAAAAGAGCACAAAAGUACUUCGGACAUGACUUCAAAGUCCCCUCGUUCUUUCCGAUUCUUUCACUUUUGCCCCAACGAGUCCUAACACAUAUCAAACAACACUAUUCCAAAGAGAUAUUCGAAGCUGCCUACCAGCAUUGCUUUGAAACAAUGUGGAACGGCCAACUGGAUAUCUCCAAGCCAGAGAACCUAGCUGUGGCACUGGAGAAGACCUUCUCGUCCAAGAAGGAAGUCGAGGAGAUUCUCUCAGCCGCGACAAGCCCAAAGAUCAAGGCUGAUCUGUCCGCAGUGACCGACAAAGUCGUGAAAGAGAUGGGCGCCUUUGGGUGUCCAUGGUUCUGGGUUACCAAUGGCGAAGGAAAGGGGGAACCGUUCUUUGGGAGUGAUCGCUUCCAUUAUAUGUGGGCUUACUUGGAUCUGCCAUUUGAAGACUUGAAGUUGAAGGCGAAGAUUUAA